AUGAAGGCCAAGCUGGACACCAAACAUCGAUAUUGGACGCUCUCCCACAUCAACACCAGCCACAACCACCCUCCCAACUUUGACCUCGAAUAUAUACCCCCUGAUGACAAAAGUUCGAACUCAACCGGUGACAAAAUAGACACCUUUCUGUACUUUCUAUCACAACGUCUCCAACUGCUUGACUCCACUACUCAAAACACUGUUCUUGAUGAAAUUAAGCGAAUUGUUGAAAAACAAGAUGAAAUAAGUCAAUCUCUUAUUCAACCAUUGACAUCCAAAGUGGUUGUAGAGUUCCAAGGUACAAAAUCGACCCAUCAGGCCAACUCAACCCUGCUUGAUAUUGAGGAUGAAGAAUCUGAUCAUCCGCAAUCACCAAAAUUGCAGAGUCUUCCGCACGCAAGCUCAAAUGCAGAACCACCCAAUCCGAUGCUUCCAGUUCAUCUUGAGGAGGAAAACCACCCAGCCGAUUCAGACAAUACACCACCUGAUCUUUUUGAUAAUUCACCGACUGGUCUUCUUAACAGUACAACGAGUGACAUGGACAUUACACCAAACGGAGUUGCUAACAAUCCUGCAACAACUAAUACACCAAAUGACUUAAACAAUACACCAAGUGCUGUUCUAACCGAUAAACUGGCUGAUCUUUGUCAUGAUGACAAACCCAAAGACGGAACUCCACAACUCCCAUCUGGAUCCUCAGCAAAGGACAUACAACCACCCAAAACCCAUACCGACCUUACAAAAGGCACCCAAAACACAACUAAGAAGACUUGUAGCCUAAUCCCCGUCAGCACCUUGGAACAGCGUCCUCACACACGCAAACGAGUACGUGAGCAGGUACAAGACUGCCCCAAGGCUGUAACCCGUACAAGGAAAUUAAAGCAAUGA